UUCUAAUAGUUUGUUCGGUCAUUUUCAUUUUGCAAAUUCCACAGCCUGUUCAAGGCAGAGAAGAAGCAUUGUUUCGAAAACAAACCAAGAAAUACUUGGCGAAUAAUGUCAUAGAGACGAAACAGGCAGGAAGCGAGUUUGAAUGCGGCAUGUAUUGCCUGAGAAGAGAAUCGUGUGCGUCGGCCAAUUACAAAACCUCAGGAAUCGGGAAAGGUCGAUGUGAGCUCAACGCUAAGACACUUCAAGAAAAAACCGAUGUUAAUGAACAAGCGAACCCUGAAUUCAACCACCUUGUCAUUGUUCAAAAGACAGAAUUACAUCCUACUUCAGGAAGCUCGCUGACACAGGACAGGAAAACAACAACAGCUCCCACAUGUUCGAUUGCAAAUUGGAUGGAAAUUUCUUAUCAGACGGGCUGGUUAAGAUGUGGCAAAGAAAAUCUUUUUAUUACAGGGCUAUUACGAAAUCCCCCCUACCGUCUUGACAAUGACCCCAUCAUUUUACUUGAAGAAGCAAGAUGUUGUAAUUCGACUUCAGCGUACAGCGGUCAGAAUGGAGUCUGUAAACAAGCAGAUUGGGUGCGCUCUCUGGACGUGAACAACGCUUGGAGCAACUGCCCAGAGGGUUACUUUUUAAACGGGUUAUAUCGCAGUGCGGGCAAUUAUUUACAUCGCAUCGAAUAUGGCCAUUGCUGUAAACCUAACAAUCAUACUGACCAGUAUGGAUCAUGUUAUGAAGAGGAUGUUGGAACAUCUUUUGAUCAAAAAGGAUGGUCAAACUGUUCUCAGCCUGGACAUUACAUCACUGGACUCUAUCGUGGAAAUGGUGAUUGGCUGAACAAUAUCGACAAAUUUCGAUGCUGUCAAAUGGUUGCUAUCUAACUAGUAACUUCUUGAAUGUUGGCACAAAGUAUCAUUAUCAACUAUUAUGCUAUCUGUAAUGGUAGGGGAUGACACUGGGUAAUAUACUGUAGCAUUCGGCGGUUUGUUAAGAUAGAAGGUAGCGGAAAUGAGCUUCGAAAGAUAUAUUACGAUAGAAACGCAGAUCCUUUAAAGGUAGGAUGCAGGGCGCAUCCGUUAUGCUCAUAACAAUGCAUGGGUAGACUACUUGAUUUAAAAUUGCUGAAAUCUAGCACCAUUAUUACUAAUCUGAAAAUACAACCGAGUUUAUACUCUAGAACUAUGGGGAACCAAAAUAAUUUGAAAUAUGUAAACAAGGGGUUUGUUUAAAUUCAUUUGGCGAGUGUAACCUACCUUUAAAAGAUCGAGAUGCAGAUGAUUUCAGAAUUGAAACAUAUGCACCAACUUUUAUUGAUUUGAAGAUGGUCGAAAGUAGAAGCUUUGAUCAGUUAUCAAUUAUUUUUUGGGGAAAAGGCGUAGCUAUAGAACAAGAAUAUACUUCUGUGAUCACUGGGUAAAAAUAUCGUUUCAUAUUACGGAACUUAAUAACAUUUAUUUAUUUGUCCUCUAGG